AUGGAGGCGUUGCACGUUAUGGUUCAAAAGGGGAAGUUCAAGGGUCUGAAUUUGAGCAAGGAUGGUCCAAGUGUCUCGCACUUGUUUUAUGCAAACAAUGCGCUUUUCUUUGGGGAGUGGUCCGCCACUAACCUCAAAAAUCUCAAUAGGAUCCUAAGGUGUUUUGAUUUGGCAUCGGGUCUUAAGGUCAAUCUUAACAAGAACAACGUCUAUGGCGUAGGCGUGGGUGGGCAAGAGGUGGCGGACUUGGCAAAUAUCCUCCAUUGUAGAAAGGGGGAGUUCCCUUCCGUGUACCUAGGCCUUCCCGUCGAGGCCAACAUGAAUAGGGUAGCAAAUUGGAAACCGGCGGUGGAUGUCUUUAACGCUAAGUUAUCGGCUUGGAAGGUUAGGGACUUGUCUUUUGCCAGGAGGGUGGUCCUGAUCAAGUCGGUUCUUGGUUCGAUUACAAACUAUUACCUAUCAUUCUUCAAGGCUCCGGUCAGUGUCCUAAAAACCUUGGAGGGAAUCCGAAGGAGAUUCCUUUGGAGAGGUGGGGCCAAUGGGAAUAAGAUUAGGUGGGUCGUGUGGGAAAGGAUCUUGAAAGGGAAAAAGGGAGGCGGUUUGGGUGUGGGUGGCAUCAAGGAGAUGAACUUGGGCUUAUUGACCAAGUGGUGGUGGAGAUACAAGAAUAAUGGAGACCAAACAUGGGUGAAAGUGAUUAGAGCCAUUCACGAGGGAGGUAGAAGCGACAAUUUGGGACUGGAGCAACAGUCAAUAAAGAGUUUCAAAAAUUAG